AUGAAAAAAAUCUCAAAGAGAAGAGAAGAUAUUAAAAAAAGGAUGUCAAAAGAGACAAAAAGUAUUGCAGUAGAAGGAAUUGUAGAGAGACAUCUCCAAAAAGAUUUAGAUGCAGAGGAAAAUCAAAACAUAAUAGAGACUUUGAGAGGCAAAGUAAGAGAAAAGCUGAAAAAUGCUAAGAUUAACCAAGGUGAAAAAUCUUCAACUCAACUAUGCAAAGGUACUAAGCUACAUCAGUCGUCGAAGGUUAAUGCACAGCAUGAGGUUUUGUUGGAUGAAGGUCUUUCGUUUUUCAUUCUGAGUGGUGACGAAGGCUCGACUUUUUAUCAAUCUUCAGAGCAGAGAUCAGGAAAUGGUAAUUACUUUAAAGGCUUUCCACUUGCCGAUAAUUUGCAAAAUAUUAUUGAAGGCCACGAUGAAGAUUUUAUGGAAGAAGUCAUUUUUACAGAUUUGCUUGAGGUAAAAGCUGCUGAGUAUGAAGAUGAUCAGGAACAAAUGAAAAAACAGGAGGCAAAUAUUUUUGUGCCAAGUAGCUCUCCAGUGAUCAACCAGCGUAAACUGCCAAGAGACAUGACGCCACGCAUUCUAGAAGAUGAAGGAUUGUAUAUACAAAAAAAGCCAGAAAUAUGUAGAAAAACCUGUAACAAAAUGGAAAAUCGCCUACUUAAACUGGAAGAGGGAAAAUAUUGGUUUGAAGAGAGUGGAGAAAUAAUGUCAUUACCUUCACCUAUUAAGCAGUCAUGGAAUUUCAGACUAAAUAUAAGCAAGGAAUCUUUAAAUCCAGCACUGAAGACCAUAUACAGGAAGGCAGUAAAAUCUGACCUCGGAGGCACCUUCAGGAGCAAAACGGAAGACCACAGGGAAAGGUACCAACUGGAUCUCAACAUUGUGGGUUUGCAAUUCAGCCAUCAUCCUCUCUUCAAUCAAGAACAGGUAUUAUGUGCCAGAUUGCUCCAACUUUAUGAAUGUUUCCAAGACAGACAGCAACAGAAUAUGGCUCAGCUGCUUUAUGAGAAGCUGAAAGCGCUUAAAGAUGCUACAAAAUUAGCAAAUGAACAUUUGGAAGCAAACCAGCUGACUAGAAAAUCUUUGGAAGACUAUUAUUGGCAAAUAAGUAAUACAAGACAGCUAUAUGAAUUAGAAAGAAAGAAGGAUUUCUCCUUAAUAAAGGGCAUAUUACGGACUUGGAAACAGAUAAAAUUCCUUCGACAACAGCAAGGGUUUACAAGUACCCCAAUAAAGUUGCAGUUUCAGAGGGUAAAAGUGAAUAAAUGUGAUCAACAAAAACAAGGACAAAUGUCAGAAACACCCGAGACUGAGAAGAAAUGUGAAGGAAAACCAUUUAACAAUGGGGAAAAACAGGAGAGCUCCUCACAUAUAGAUUCAGAACUUGAAGAAUCAGAAAUUGAAAUAGUAAAACCAGUUACCUUGAUGCCACAACUUUUUUCCACUGCAGAACUAACAACCUUAUCCAAAUGUUCAGAGCAUGAACAAAAGAGGAGAACCAAAAUUCAGAAGCUUAAGUACUUUAUUAAAAUAUUUUACAAUAAUAAAGAAGUUUCAUGCACUUCAAUCUCUACCCUGCAAAUUGAUUUUAAAGUCAUGUUUCAACAAAUUUUCAAUAUUCAGUUAAUAUAUUGGCCUGAAACCAUUUGCUUAGAGGUUUAUGAAGUCAAUAAAAGGACAAGUUUGCUGGCAAAACUAUAUUUACCUUUACCCAACAGCACAGAGCUGAAAGGUAAAACUGUUUUGGAAUAUGUGGAGUUUAGCUCUGAUCAGCUGGUCACACCUGAGCAUGGAGAAGUAGGAAGCAAUGUGCCAUUUAUUCUUGAUGAAAAUGGAACUGAAGAACUUUGUCUUUUGACAUCAGGAAAGCUUAGCUAUUCUUUGUCGUGGUCCUUGGAUGAAAAUGGUACCCCUGUGAUACCCAUGUCACAGUCUUUGAGAUCUGAUUACUGCUCUGUUUUAAGGAAUAUAGAUGCACGAGGUAUUCCUGGAAUUCCAUGGCUUGUUAAUGAACAGAAGCUUUUUGAAUGGGCAAAUGAAAUCAGAAUUGAUCCAAAUAAUCCAGAAUAUUCUGAUUUAGUAGAAUUUAUUAUGUACACGAGACAUAAUAAGGGGCAGGAAAUUCCGAAAUAUUUCCGUCUGGAGCAGCUGCAAGAUGAAUUUAACUUUGUUUCCGAGGAGGAAAUGAGGAAGAGCAAGCGUUUCCAGUUACUGCAGCUUAGAAAUGCAGGUCAAUUAGGGAUUUUCCUUCUGCAGCAAAUGCCCCCUUAUGAUACAGAGAUUCCAGAUACAGUCUUCCAGGAGUAUGAAAGUCAGAUAGAGAAAGAUGUGUCCAUCUCAGAAGUGAAUUCUAUUACUGCACAAAGAAUUGCUUCUCUGAAUUUUCUGAAAAGGAUGAGAAGGUUGAUAAUGAAAAGAAUUGUCAAAAUCAGCAAAUUUAGCUUGUCUGAUAUUGUGGCUGAUUAUGAAGAAAUCGUAACCGGAAGCCAGCUGACACAUGCAGUUUGUAAGUUUGUGGAACCACGAAGAAAGUUAAAGCCUCAGAGGAAAGAAAGAAAAAAAGUCACAGCUCAGACGGUCUCCAAUGGAGAUAUUAAGAUUCUUGUCAGAAUAUUAAGAGCCUAUAAUAUUCCCACUAGGAAAAUAACAGUUAGUAGAGCUCUGGCUAUGCCUACUUAUUUGAUGUCGUCUAUAUCUCGCCUCAGACAUAAAGAAACAAUCAAAUCCACAGCCUCAGAUGAGAUCUCAAACGAGGAUACUGUAAACCCAUUUGUAGAAGUUUCUUUUCAACACACUAUAUACCAAACCAGUACUGCAAGUGGAUCUCAUCCAUGCUGGAAUGAAGAAAUUGAAGUAGAUUUAAGCUCACCGGGACAAGAUUAUAGCUUCUCAAACUUAUCUGAAAUAAAAGAUUAUGUGCAUAUAAACAUUUUUGAUGAAAUGAUGAUUGAAAAACAUGAGGAUCACUGCCUCAAGAGCUGUAGCAGUCACUUAUAUAUAAGAAAGAAUUGGCUUGGAUCCAUUGCCUUUCCUUUUUCUGCUCUUCUGCAACAAUCUGAGAUUAGUGGAACAUUUCAAGUAAAUAUUCCACCAGUUUUGCUUGGAUAUACUUGGAGUAAGACUUACAUAUCUCCUAAAGAAGAUUGUGUUGGGCAGAAUUUAAAAGAAUGUAUCUUCUUAAAUAUUUUUGCUACCAUUGAACCACAAAUAUCACAUGUCACCUGCAAUCCAAAACUAGAUAAGUUUUCAGAUCAGAUGGAUAUUUUGCACAGAGCUCUGAUUUUUGAAAAAAACUGUAAGGCAAUGUUUCCAAAUAGAAGAAUCAUAACCACUGUUCUUAAUGAUGAAGGGGCACAGGUCUUAGUAACGAGAUACAUCAAGGCACUAAAUCCACCUCAGCAACUUCUGGAUAUAUUUCUUCAAGAUUCGAACACAACCCUAGACCUCAUUGCUCGAUUUGUAUCUUUGAUCCCUUUUAUGCCUGAUACGCUGGAUAAAAAUGAUGGCUCUGAUAUAUGGAUGACAUCAGAGCGCUGCAUCAGCUUGGCUAUUGGAAAUAAGGAGGAGCAUGCCAUACUUCUGUGUAAUUUCUUCCUAUAUUUUGGAAAGAGUGCUCUGGUCCUCCUGGGAACCUCAGUAUUAGAGGGCCAGGUGGCUUAUGUAUUGACUCAAGAAAAUGAUGAAUAUUUGCUCUGGAAUCCAUCAACUGGGCAAUGCCAUAAGCAGUUUGACCCAUUUUGUCCCUUGCAAAGUAUAGAUUGUUUGUUUGAUGAUAAAAAUGUGUGGUUUAAUAUUCAACAAAAUAAUACACCAAUGGCUAUACAUUUUGACUAUUCAAAAGAAAGUUUCUGGAAACAGUUAAUUCCAAAAAACUUCCAAGGGAUGAAAUCACCAAGCAUACAGCCUGAAGAAAUCAUUUAUUCUGAUACUAAUAAAAGCAUGGUAGAAGACUUAAAGAACAGAAUUGAAAGGACUCUAAAGGGCAAAAUUAUGGAAUGGAGACCCAAACAGCCAACACGUUGGAAUCGACAAUGUACUUCUAUUUUGCGACAAAUUCUUCCUAAGCUGGAACUUGGCACAGGAAGUUUUGUUUCACCUGAAGAAGAGAAUGAUUUUGAAAGAUUGCUUCAGUUUUAUUGGAUCACAGGCUUUCCCAUCCAGAUGCCAUACACUGAUGUACAGUCAGUUACUGAUGCUGUGUAUCAAACUGGAAUUCACUCCUCCCAAUUUCCUCAGACAGAAUUUGCUUUAGCUGUGUAUAUUCACCCAUUCCCAAACAAUAUUUUAUCUGUGUGGGUCUACUUGGCUUCCUUAUCCCGACAUCAGUGAAAAGGAAAGGACUGUAGUAUGUUCUGGGACUUUGGAAUCUUUCUGCUGAUCUUCAAGUCGAGCCAAAUACUGAGCCAAUGUUUGAUUCACACUUAGAGCUGAGCACUAUGGAAAAUCAUCCCACUGGGUUUAAAUAAUGUCCUUUGGAGACCUCUUCAAAAAGGACCUCUGGUUGCUUUGGCUCACCAUCUUAAUUUGGAAAAGAAGCAAAGAAGUCCAAAAUAAUUACAUCAUGUAUCUCUCACCCACUCCCUCAAAAUCACCUGGAAAAUCUUGCUAAACAUGCUGGUUCCCAGAUCUCACUCAGAACUAAUGUUUUGAGCCUGCAUUCUUUUUAACACACUCCCCAAGAAAUUAUGAUGCAGAGUAAAGAGUAAAAACUCAGCCUUACAAUGUUAUUAUUACCAAAAUGAGAUUAGUACAUUUGAUGCUUGCUCUGA